AUGCUGCUCUUCUCACCGCCACGAUGUGACUUUCUUGCGGCAACAGAACCUGACAAACAGCCUGCUUUCACCUCCUCGCGACUCUCGUUCCCUGCUUGGCCGACGACAGCACCCACCACGCCUGUUCCACACUCACCCACCUGGCCCAAAACUGCCAAAACUGCCAAAACUGCCAAAACUGCCAGUACACGUCCCUCUCUCCCACCUAGACGACUAGCACGAUCACCAUCACAAUCAGCCUCUGGACAAACUCACGACAUGUCUUCAGCACCCGCAUCUCCACACUCACCCUUCUCGCCGACGCUAGGAAGCAUUCCAGAGGUCUUCGAGCAUGAGUCCCUCGAGAUCAUGACCAAUCCUCUGCCGUCUCCUAGCGAGAAUCAGGACGCGCCCGAGGUCUUCACCCCCGAGGCUGCUGGUAUAUCUCCCGCUUCGCUUACACGAGCCAACUCGCAAGACGCCAUCAUCCAGUCACCUCUUCGCAAAGCCAGGUCGUUUGCUGUCGUCGCCAACGUCCUUCGAAGCGUUCUUGAGGCUGAUCGCAUUCGACGUCGACGCAUUCUGAAGAUCUACUUGAAGGCCCUCGUCUUCCUCAAGUAUCUCUGGCGCGCCAACGAGCGCUACGGCAAUGUCAUGGUCACUACGGGCAUGUACAUGCAGCGAUAG